AUGUCGAACAUAGACAACCCUGAUCCAUUCGGCCCUAUGUGCCCAGAGGCUAUUGUCACUAGCAGAUUGUGCAUUGUGCUGUCCAUGUUCAUUCGCUUACGAAUAUUGUAUUAUAGAUAUGAGGCAACGUCGCAGGCGUCACAGAACGCGACGCUUUCGCAGAACAAACACUCGGCACGCAUUAAACGAGGGUACAAACGGCCGCAUGAGUCAGCCCUGCGAGAGGGGCUGCUUCACCCCAUGCACAACAUCUCUUUAUUGGGCGAGGGUGGCAUCAGGAUUUGCAACUGCAUCGGCAGUGUCACCCCAAAGCGAUCCAAGCGUACGGGAAAGGAUCGAAGGGUGCGUUUCGUCAUCCCGCGUUCGCAGUCCGAAUCGAUAUUUUGUGCGUACGGUAGGGGCGAUAGGGGUAUAAAAGUCGCGAUGCUGAUACCGACUUCUCCCACCAUGCAUUCGGUCAAGCAGCAGCAGUGCAUCGGGAACAGGGAUGUGAUCAAGCUUUUUGUCGGUCAGAUUCCCAGGCAUCUGGAGGAGGAGGAUCUGAGGCCGAUGUUCGAGGAUUUCGGCAAGAUUUACGAGUUUACUGUCCUCAAGGACAAGUACACCGGGAUGCACAAAGGUGCACUCGCGAGGGCGGACGGCGGCGGCACCCCCACCCCCACCACUCGGCGCAAGCUCCACGGGGGCGGCGCACGCGUCGAAGCGAGGGGCACCCUCGUGGCGAUUCGAUAG